AUGGCCAUGUCCGAUGGGGAAGCGCUAGAGGUGGCUCUGAGUCUAGAACAGGAGGAGAGCUUGGAGGCCAGGUUAAAUGAACAAUCGUUAUUUCCUGCAAAAAAUCAGCGGUUUUAUAAUCAGCAGUAUCCUCAGCUGCAGAAAAAGAUCAAUGAUAAUUUACCAUUAGGUUGCUGUAACGCACAUGGUGUGGUACGUUGUUAUUGGCGACGAGUGGUGCUCUGUUGUUCCCGACUCAUGAAUCUUCGAAAGCGAUUCAGUGAUUUGGUGGCCACCGAAAGUCUAACUCCAUACAAACAGUUGAUUGGCCCAUUUGAUUCUUUCCAAGAAGCUCAGAAAAUCGAGAAGAAAUCAGCAGAUAUCUCAUCGGAUGCUGAUACUGAUGCUGUGCGUGCUGCAUUUGAUGAACCAUCCAAACGGCCAAAAAAAGCUAAAAAACUCUCCUCUGAUGAGUCUGACACCUCUGAUGCCAGUUCCUGUAAUACGCCGCCAAUUUCCCAACAACGUAAAGAAAAUACACCAAAAACAAUUUCCACGAUAUCCCUACCAAAAUGUUCUUACAUUAAAUCAAAGCAACAAUGCGAAGGUAGUUUAACAAAGGCAUCACAAUCGCAAAUGGAUAAGCAUGCUACAUUCUCAUCCAACUACGAAAAGACUUACUCUACUUCGAAACGGAUCAAUGAUUUGAAUGAAAAGCAACACAAGUCUAAAAAAUUGUCCGGCAUCUCGUCAGCUAAUUUUGGGAAAACCAAGCCUGCAAUGAUGGAGCGUCAUCAAGAAUGGCACAAUAAAUGUUACCUAUCUGACGUACAAGAAUUACCUGGUUCACUGCAGUUAGAUAAAGAAAAUCAAACGAGGAAUCAUAACAACUGUUCGAAUGCAGAGAUUAUGUCCAAAAGGAAUUCAAAAAAUUGUCACGACAAUUGUAUAAAAUCGAAGAGCUGCUAAAAGAACCGAAUGCAGAACGAGGUGACGAGGUUGUAGGACAAGAAUUAUUACCGUCGUUCCCGCUGAUGGCGCUUCAGCAAUUCUUCGAAUGCGACAAUCAAUUGAAAGUGGAUGCGAACAUGAGAAAACAAUUCAUUCUGUGAUGAAACGGUCACAGCUUUAACCAGUGCAGAAUUAGAAGCUGCCAUGCAAGAAUGGCUCCGUCGCUCAGGUGACAGGAUCAGGAGUACGAUUAAUAAUAAUAAAAUGUUUAUUAAUCAGUAAAACAAAGUUAUUUUACUGAUUAAUAAACAUUUAGUGGAAGUCUUCCAUGAAAAACUUUGCGAAACAUGUUUUGUAUCGUGUCUUGUCGUUUCAAAAAGGACCGUUGACAUUACUUAUGAUUACGUGACGCGGCACUGGUUUUUAGAAUGUCAAGGAAAUCCAUGAUAGUCUUAAUUUGUAACAUCUAUGCUGUAGGUCGAUCUUACGGAUAUAUAACAAUUUCUAAAUGACGAUUGAAUCGUAAUUAUCCUGUUUGUACGCGCAUAAAUAUCGAUAAUAAUGCCUAACAAUUAGUAAAAAAAAUCAAUAUAUCCGAUUAUUAGUUUAUAUACGCAAAUAAAAGGUUUUAUAUCAUACAAGCAAUACUUUGAAAAAUUUAUCUUAUAUCUUUGUCAUAUGCUCAACGUUAUGAUAUAGAUAUUUUGAUAUGUAUUUUUUUAAAUUCAGAGUGAUUUAUAUGUUUCAAAUCGAACUUUAUGUAAGGCAGUAGAAAAAUAACAAAUUUUACUAACAAAGUUACAAUGAAAGAAAAAUUGGAAAAGUUAAUAUCCGUAUUAUGAUCUUCCUGCAGUAUACGCCUAAAUAUACGAAGACUUGUCAAAGAUGUCAUUCUUAUUUAAGUCGUAUAACUGAAGCUAGUCCAUCAUACAAACUAUUUAAAUAUCAUUGGCGUAUUAAACCAUUUUAUGUUAUGCGAUCAUCUUGCAGAAAUAGCCAUUGACGUAAUAGAAAGAAGUAUAUGAGUAUUAUCCAAAAGGAUCAAAGUAAAUGUCACGACGUCAAAUUUUGUUUUAGAUAAUCGUAAUGUCCGUACGAUGAUACUCUCACAUACACACAUGCGCGUAUUUGUAUGCUUUUAAAUUUUCAUACUUUUAAUUUAUAAUAAUUUUGUUUUAUGUAUUGGCUUUCAAAAUACAUGUAUGAAGUAGUCAUUGCAUUUUUUAUAUGAGUAAAAGAAAUGUGUGAUGUGAUAACGAUUGAUUCGUAAAACUCAUUGCUAAUAAAAAGAUGUAAUGGUUAACUCGAUCUAAUUAAAAAGGAAACUUGGCAUUCAUAUGAUUAUGCUGGAAUAUGUGAUAUAUGUAAUGCUAUAUGUUUGGUAAAAAAAAAUAAGAAAGAAGUUUAAACGCA